AUGAGCGUCAUGCUGAGCGCGAUGAUGAUGUCCGCGGCGGUGACGUUCGUGCGCAAGGCGGCGUCGAUGGCGACGACGACGGUGCGGACGCGACGCGUGGGCGUGGCGCCGCGCGCGAGAGAGGUGUUGAGCGACGAAGCGCUGCGCGCGUUUCCGUGGCUCGUCGAAGAGACGACGGCGACGAUUUGGGGGGGUGGAGUAGAUGUAGAUGACGUCGGUGCGCUCGGGAGACGGGCGCACGCGAGGGCGCGGGUGGAGUUGGAGGACCCGCUGGAGGCGGAGUUGGAGCGAAACGCGCACGCGUUGGAUCGAGCGCGCACGGUGGAGGAUUUCGUGGCGAUGAGCGUGCAAGUGGACGACGCGCACGCGGUAGGGAGAAAGCCGUUGCGCGAGUGGGCGCAUAGGCCGGGAUGGUACGAGGAUUUACAGGCAAGAGGGAGCGCGAUGGGUACGAAUUUGGAAUUCGGUGACGAGGCGUUUACGGUUUGCCUGUACAACUUACAUAGAUGGUCGCGACCGAUCGGGACGUCGACUUGGGCGGAAGAUUUGAGCGCGGUGUUGGAUGCCAAGCGAGGCGUGCGCGCGGCGGCGAGAGAAAACUUGAAGGGACGUUGCGUGAAGGAGGUGUUGCACACCAAUAGUCGGAGCGAGGAGCGGUGCAUGGAAGCCGACGUCGUCAUCUUUCGCGGGGACACGAUGUUGAAACCAUCGAGCUCGUUAGGAGUGAAAAGACGACUGGCGAAGAGCAGCGCGAGGUCUGCCGGUAGUAGCGACAAAGCCGACGGCAACGCGACGGCGAGCGCGAGGAGCCUUCUUCGCGAAAGGUUGCGCAAGGCGCCCGAGGCGGCCAGGCGCGCGUCAAACGGUGCGGUCGCGUCGACGCACGCGCAUGCUAAAUUAGGAGACCCCGGUGAAGACAUUUUCGUCACGCAUCUGCCGCAAAAGUCUCGACGAGAUCAGGUGUACAUGUACGUAUCCACCGCCGCUCCCGCGGCGGAACAAACCGGACAAGAUUUGAGAGAUCAAAUGUUACUUUCGCAAGUAGACUACUUGGCGACGUCGAAUUCUGCACUCGAAAGCGUGUGGCGCUCGCCGCUGCCGACUGCAAAGUUCAUGAUUUCGUCCUUUGACGCGUUUCUGCGUCCGUUCCGCAUGCGCGUACCUUUGAUUGGAUUCGGCGACAGCGCCGCGGCGUGCAAGCACGGUCGCUCGGUCGGGGCGCACAUAUUGAGACGAAUUUCGCAAAAGUACCCGGUAGAAUCGUUCGGAACGUGCAUGAAGAACUACGACGCCUCGUGGUUUGUGCCGAAUCUCGGCGUAUCGGCGUCUUCGGCGGAGACCAUUCGAACGCAGCUCCAGCUGAGCAAAUACUUGUUCUAUUACGUCGCCGAAGAAGUGGAUUGCCCCGGUCACGUCACCGAAAAGCUUUGGCUCCCACUGCUUCGCGGAUCCAUCCCAGUGUACUUUGGUACGAAAACCGUGGACGAUUACUUGCCCUGUCCGAAGAAAGACUGCGUGUUGCGCGUCAAAGAUUUCGACAGCGUCGACGCUUUGGUGCGGCGCAUGCGAGAAAUCGCCGACGAUCAAAAACUAUACGAGUCGCUCACCGCGUGGCGACACGAGGUGCCUUCAAACUGGCCGGAACGUUUCCGCACGGGCGUUGCGCGGGCGUCGCUUGAUAUUCAAGCCGUCGUGUGCGACGUCAUGCGCGACGGCGACGACGCGCGACGACGCGGCUCGCAGUCCAAUUUCGCCGCCGCCGCGCCGCAGAGCGCGCCUUGGUUGAUCCAAUCAUACCCGAACAAACACAUGGACAUGGACGCCGUCAUCGAGCUUGAAAAGUCUGGCGCGCGCGACGAUUCGUACUGCGUGCGUCAAGAGCGCGUCUCCGCCUUGGGCGAAGUCUUCGCCGACCGCGUCGUCGUCGAGCGCCCCGUCUCGAACGUCGCCGUCGACGCUCUCGUCGCGGCGAACGCCUCGACGAACGCCUCGACGAACGCCGCCGAAGUCGAAGACGAAGACGAAGACGAGCUCCGUCUCGCCGACCCGAGUCGCCUGUACACCAAAGUGUGCGAUUACGAAGCCGCCGCGUGCGGUCGACUCCUCCCCGAUCCCACGAUUAGCUAG